UUAGCCGCUCGCUACGGAAGUGAGUCGCUCAUCUGUCAGUCCGUCUCUUCAGUCAGUGUCAGUCCGGACGAUCAACAGUUUGGCAGCGCUAUGGCGGCGUUCAGCACUUCAUCCAGCAGACCCUACCACAUCGUCAUCUUUGGCGCUUCUGGUUUCACGGGACAGUUCGUGGUGGAGGAGGUGGCCCGUACAACGUCCGAGGGUCCCAAGGGGAACCUGAAAUGGGCCGUGGCCGGGAGGAACAGAGCCAAGCUGGAGAAAGUUGUGGAGCAGGCCGCCGGAGCUCUCAGUAAGCCGGAGCUGAAGUCUGAGGUAGAUAUUCUCAUCGCAGAUGUCAGCGAUCCAGAUUCAUUGGUUGCCAUGUGCAAACAGGCUGUUAUUGUGCUCAGCUGUGUGGGGCCUUACAGAUUUUUUGGUGAACCUGUUGUCAAGUCUUGUGUGGAGAACGGAACACACUGCAUCGAUAUCUCGGGAGAACCACAGUUCCUGGAGAGUAUGCAGCUGAACUAUCAUGACCAGGCUGCUGAAAAAGGCGUCUACAUUCUGGGAAGCUGUGGUUUUGACUCCAUUCCUGCAGACAUUGGUGUCAUUUACACCAGGGACCAGUUUAAAGGGACCCUAACAUCAAUUGAGAGCUUUUUGACUGCGAGUGCAGGGCCAGAGGGAGGCUGCAUCCAUGAUGGCACCUGGCAGUCGGCCAUCUAUGGCUUAGCCGACAGCAACAAGUUGCGUAGCCUCAGGAAGAAGUUCGGUCACAAGCCUCUCCCAGUGGUGGGGGCUAAAAUUAAAAGGAGGGGCACACUCUUUUAUAGUAAUGAGCUGCAGCAAUAUGCAAUUCCCUUCAUGGGUUCUGACCCAUCAGUGGUUAAAAGGACCCAGCGCUACUUAAAUGAAGAACUCAACGAGUCUCCGGUUCAGUACGGGGCGUAUGUUGGUGUCGGUGGUAUUUCCAACAUUUUCAAACUUGUCUUUGCUGGAUUAAUGUUCUUUUUCCUUGUAAAGUUCAACUUUGGCAGAAAUCUGCUCAUGAAGUUUCCAGAGUUUUUCUCAUUCGGUUUCUUCUCCAAAGAGGGUCCAACUAGGAAACAGAUGGAGGGUGCCUCUUUCCAUUUCAUCUUUCUUGGAGAGGGUUACACUGAAGGUUCAGACCCCAGUGAGGGCAAGCCUAACGGCAAGAUCCGCACACUGGUCAAAGGACCAGAGGCAGGAUACGUCGCCACACCAAUCGCUAUGGUUCAGGCGGCCCUUACCAUGUUGAACGAAUCAGAUUCUCUUCCAAAAACUGGCGGUGUUUACACUCCAGGAGCGACAUUCGCCAAGACUACCAUCGUCGACCGCCUCAACAAACAUGGCAUUCAGUUCUCUGUACUUUAAGUGAGAGAUUAAACAGGGCUUUAACAUCAGUCUUGUGAAGCACCUAUUCAUUUGCUUGCUUGAGCAUGGAGAUUAUUGUUGCUAUUUAAAGCUUCCUCAACGGUGUUGCUGUUUUCCGGUUUACCGUCCUUGUUUGUGCACGGUACACUCGACGGGUUUGUUGGCAUGCAAUCUGCUCAAACAGCUGAGAAAUCUGCACUAUGAUUGUGGC